ACUUCUAGUCACCUUAAUUUUUGUUAAAAUGAAGAUUCUGCAGUCUACACUUCUCCUGUUACUGUUUGUGCCUCUGAUAAAGCCAGCACCACCAACUCAGCAGAACACCGAUAAUUUUGAAGAAAUUUUAUUUACUCGAGAUUAUGAGGAUCAAUACCUGGAUGGAAAACAUAUUAAGAAAAAAGAAUCUAUGAUGACAUCUGAUGAGAAAAGUCUUGAAUUACAAAAAGAUGAGAGUUCAACAUCAUUACCCCUCAAAAAAGAAAAUGAUGAAAUGCCCACGUGCCUGCUGUGUGUGUGUUUAAGUGGCUCUGUAUACUGUGAAGAAGUUGACAUUGUAACUGUACCACCCUUGCCAAAGGAAUCAGCCUAUCUUUAUGCACGAUUCAACAAAAUUAAAAAGCUGACUGCCAAAGAUUUUGCAGAAAUACCUAAUUUAAGAAGACUCGAUUUUACGGGAAAUUUGAUUGAAGAUAUAGAAGACACUACUUUUUCAAAACUUUCUCUGUUAGAAGAACUGACACUAGCUGAAAAUCAACUAUUGAAACUUCCAGUUCUUCCUCCCAAGCUUACUUUAUUUAAUGCAAAAUACAACAAAAUCAAGAGUAGAGGAAUCAAAGCAAAUACAUUCAAAAAACUGAGUAACCUGUCCUUCCUCUAUUUGGACCACAACGCGCUGGAAUCUGUGCCUCUUCAUUUACCAGAAAGCCUACGUGUAAUUCAUCUUCAGUUCAACAACAUAACUUCAAUUACGGAUGAUACAUUCUGCAAGGCUAAUGACACCCGUUAUAUUCGGAACCACAUCGAAGAGAUACGCUUGGAGGGAAAUCCCAUCGCCCUGGGAAAGCAUCCCAACAGUUUUAUCUGCUUAAAAAGAUUACCUAUAGGCUCAUACUUUUAACCACUAUCAGUGCGGCAUAUAAACUAAAGCACACACAUCCUUACAAUCUAUCUCAACAAUGUCUAAAGGAGCAUAAAUGCCUGUUUAAUAUUAACUUUGUAUCCCACUAUGAAGGAAUUUUAUGUUUUAAGCAAGUAUGUUCAAAAGCUUACAUAUAAGUAAGAAGACUGAAUCUCUAACUUCAAAAC